GCUGCCUGGAUGGAGGUGGAGGUGAGGGAUUAGUGGUGCAGGUCCGAGGGAAGCCUGGACCAGUCUGACCGCCGCGACGGACACGCAGGAGCUCCCGGGGCUUCAGCAGGGCCGUGCAGCCGGUGGAGCAGAAUGGAUGGUGUCCCUCUGAAGAUACCCCAGGCCCCCGCCUCGCCAGCAGUCCCCAAUGAUAUCAGCAUUACCGUGCCUGACUACCUCGCCGUGCUGCGGGAGACGGAGUAUGAGUUUACGCUGGAGAACUGGGUCCUAACUGGGCUGCAGAGCGGCUUCGUGGACCAGCAGCGGCCCCCGCCCCCGUCCUCCUCCUCGUCGGGACUGUCGGCGUCCUGCCCGCCGUACUGGAUGAUGUUCAGCAGCCCGCAGCAGAGCCGGCUGGCCAGCCGCCACAGCUCCGACUUCUGGGAGCCCAACCCCCGGCAGCGCUCCCGCAGCCUCAACCUGGCCGUGCUGCGCGCCGGCUGCACCGCCUCCGACUCCGAGGAGGACGGAGGGAGCGCCGUGCAGGACACCACCAUCAUCGUCCCGGAGAAAGCUCACCAGGGGGGGACGGGUGUGCGGCCCGCCGGCUCGGGUCAGCCGGGGCAGACGAAGGCCCGGAAGGCCUUCGUCCCCGACCUGCUCAACCCUCCGUCCUGCCUGAGCAGCCUGCCGCACCGCCGCAGGAAGAACCUGCGCCAGUGCUCCCUCUCCGGGGGGGAGACGUCCAGCUCAGACAGCCGGACCCGGAGCCCCGGCCCCCGCCGGGCCCCCAACACCAGGGCCAACACGCUCAGCACCGUGGGCCGCCACGACACCACAGACACGCCGUCUCCCGGCCCGGAGUGCUGCAGGAGGCCCCUGGCGGCCUCGGCCCUCCGGGAUCUCUCCUCCGCUCUGGACUCGUCCUCGGAGCUGCUCUCGGCUCUGAGCCCGGAGGAGAGGGAGGUGCUGGGGUCCCUCACCGGCCGGGGCUACCCCCUCCGGACCGCCAUCGCUGCCCUGCAGAGGACGGGACGGCAGAACCCCGAUCAGAUCCUGAGUUACCUGGUUGCCUGUGACCACCUGUGUCAGAUGGGUUAUGACAUGGCUCAGGUGGAAGAAGCACUGGAGAUGUUUCACAACUGUGAAACCAAGGCGCAGGAGUUCCUGCACCUUCUCCGUCAGUUCAAUGAGAUGGGCUUCCAGCAGAACGCCAUCAAAGAAGUCCUGCUGGUACACGACAACCACCGGGAUCGGGCCCUGGAGGAGCUGAUGAUGCGCGUGUCCUGACGACACGUCAACACACAUAAUUAUGACUUCAUCAUGAGAGAUGAUCUUAAAGUAUGUUAUGUGCUGAAGGAACUUGUCUUCAGUGCAGGUGAUGUUAACAUGAACUCUCCACCAUCAUCGCUAAAGCUGGACAAUAGCUGGAGGGUCCGGCCCUCGGGCGAGUGCGGGAAUAUUACCGCAUUUGUGUUCAUACGUUCAUCAGUAGUUAGUUCUCGAGUAAGUGUUUAUUGCAUUCAUGACUUGUUUUUUUACCAAACACUCUGAGUGGUUGUAUCAGUUAGCUGCAGAUGUAUUAAAGGUGUAACAUGACAAAGACCAAGUCGGUGUUCUUAUUUCAUUGUUAAAAGGGGGGAUGAUAUGAAAAAAAAAAUACUUUUUGUGUUUUUGAAUUAAAUACCAUCUCCAAAGCUUUGAGAUACCACAACCCUGUCACUGUCAGUCUGAAAACACGUAAUACAGCGAUUCUGUGACAUCACAGAUCCAGAUCAAUGAAGUGUCGUUCAGCUUCUAUGUUGUACACAGUACUGGAGUUGAGGGGGGAUGAGGGGGGAUGGCAUUUCCCCCCUGAAAUAAAAACGGUCAAAAUCCUCCCCCCUGUAAAACUGCCACCCCU